GUCAUAAAAAAUACACAGAAGAAGACGAAGAACUUGAAUCCCGAAACAUUAUUUCGACUGUAUCAACUUCUGCAGUUUAACAAACGCAAAAUGACUUUGUUUAUGAAUUUCUUUACGUUUAUUUUGAAGGUAGUAACGUUGCCACUACAAUUAAUGGAAGUGGUUGGCAUAUAUGGCAUCUACAAGCGUUUCUUUCCAUUUCUAAUUUACAAGAUAUCUUUCACCUACAACAAGAAAAUGAACGACAAAAAGAAGGAUCUUUUCAGCAAUCUCUCAGAGUUCACCAAAGGCAAUGGCCCGCUUCGCAUUUUGGAGAUUGGUUGCGGAAGCGGGGCUAACUUUGAGUUCUACCCGUCUGGUUGCAAGGUGGUUUGCACCGACCCCAAUCCUCACUUCGAGAAGUAUCUACAAAAAAGUCUGGCUGUCAAUGAUCACCUAACAUUUGAAAGAUUUGUGGUCGCUUCCGGAGAGGACAUGAGGGCAGUGAAAGAUGACUCGGUGGACGUUGUCGUGUGCACGCUGGUUCUGUGUUCUGUCAACGACGUACCGCGAACAUUGCAGGAGGCCCAUCGCAUAUUGAGGCCUGGGGGUGCUCUGUACUUUUUGGAGCAUGUAGUGGCAGACCCAUCCUCUUGGACAUACUUCUUCCAGCACGUCCUCCAGCCGAUAUGGUACUACUUUGGGGAUGGAUGUGAAGUAGUCAGGGCGACAUGGAAACAUCUGGAGACUGCUGGGUUCUCUGAGCUCAAACUGAGGCACAUCGAGGCACCACUCAACUUCAUGAUCAAACCACAUAUUAUUGGCUAUGCUGUCAAGUAAAGUUUGACUAAAAAAAUCUAAAAAACACUUGCACAUCUGAAUUAUCUCGUUGCAAGUGUGUGGGAAUAAUGUGAUGACAGUUAAAAUAAAAAAUAAACCUGCACAGUG